CACAGGAGAUAGAUCUAGUUUGGCACUUGGCAGGAUUGAAGAUGAUGCUGUUUUAAGUGUUUCCUGUUCAGGCUUUGGAGUUGGGGAUAAAGCAAUUUAUCCAAAGGCUUAGCUCCAAGCAAGGAAUCAAAUGUACAAAGGGCUUGCCUACAACACAGAUGCUCAGCUUGGUUAUGGGAACACUUUACAGAAAAUUUAUUGAAAAAGAUAUAAAAAAUUUGGAGGACUUUCAAAAGGCGAUUCUCGAUAUUUUUGACACCAUAAACUCAGCAUUGCCUGGUAAACAUUAUGAUGUUCCACCACAGAAGGACGUGGAGGCAUGUUUCAAAGAGUGGAAAGAAGCAAAAAAGGAACCCGAAAGAAAGAAGCUGUUCACUGAAUUCAUGACAAAAAAUGUAAUUCUUGGGAAACUUGAUGAGACUAGCCUUGUAACUGGACUAGUAACGCCACCAGCAGCAAUGGCUGCAAAAAGAGCCGGAGAGACCUUGCCGCAGCUAAGCAUAAUUAAAAGCAUACCUGAUGUCAUUUUCGUGCCAACUGCCACCAUAUUGGCUCUGAUCUCCGUCAAGGUCUCCAGGAGAAUGUUUGUAAACAAUGUAGCAUAUCCAUGAUAAUGUAUGGAGUUUCUCCUCUAUAAUUUGAACUCCAUUUCUUAAAUUGCAAAUUUCAUUUUUCAACUA